AUGUCGCAAUCUGUCUCCUUCCAAGGCGCCACCAACGGUGGUGCUGCUGCUGCUGCUCCCCCUCCCGCCGUUGUCACGUCCACCGGAUUGGUUGCACCGCCGCACCCCACGCCCGAACAGAUCCAAGCUUCGGCGCGCAGAUACUUUCUGUUCGGCUACCCGAUCUCGCACUCUGCCAGUCCUGCGUUCCAGAACAUCAUGCUGCAGUCGAUCAAGCCCAUCGGCUUCCCAGGCUCGGAGAAGCAGACCUUCUACCCGACCUACUCGCUCAAGGACACAAAGUCGAUCGACGAGCCGCACUUCCGCGACCUGGUACGCAACGACCCACUCUUUGCAGGUGCAGGUGUCACGAUGCCCUUGAAGGUCGCUGUCACGGCCAAGUUGGGCGAAGAGGGUGUGAUCGACGAGCUCAGCCAGGCGGGCAAGGCUACGCAGACGGUCAACACGAUCAUCUCGGUGCCGCACAAGGGCAAGAGGAGGAUGAUCGGUACCAACACCGACUACCUCGGUAUCGCGCACGCCGUGCUUCGAGGCAUGGCCGAGUGCAACGGCGAGGACAGGGUGACCAAGUACCUCGAUCCUCAGCUCGAGUACAAGGCGCGCUACGUCUUCCCGCGGAACCCCGAAGGCAAACCCUACUCGGCUUUCAUCAUUGGUUCGGGAGGCACGUGUCGCUCUGCCGUGUAUGCUGUCAGCCAGCUGGGUCUUUCGCCGAUCUACUUGCUCAACCGUGACGCCGCAGAGACGCAGGCGGUGCUCGACCACUUUGGCGACUCGCUCGACCUGCGUGCUCUGCGCUCGGUCGAGGCGUACGAGGCUGAAGCGGCCAAGCGCGAGGCUGGCGAGGUCGGACAUGUUGCUUGUGCGGUGGGAGCGAUUCCUGCAUUUGCACCUGCCACAGACGACGAGAAGAUGGUCUACACGCUUGCGCAUCGAUUCUUUGCCGAGCCGUACCACGCUCUGACUCAGUCGCACGCACCUCUCGAGGCAACGCAGAGCAUCGAGGGCGAGACGCUCGUCGCCCUGCCGCUGCCCAGCAAGCGACCGUUCCUGGACAUGUGCUACAAGCCGCGCAUGACGCCUCUACUGAUCGCUGCCGAAGAGCAGGGCUGGCAGGCGAUUGGCGGUGUCGAGGCUAUGGUCGAGCAGGGUCUGGCACAGGCGAGGAUGUGGGCGGCUACUGCCAAGGCGUUCGAGGAGGGCAAGGAGACGUUUGACCCGAUUCCGUUUGCCGUCAAGGCGGGCGACCAGGGUCCGGUCGGAUUGAAGAUUGAGGAGCAGGCGAGGGACCUGGUCCGUGUCAUGAUGGAUAUCAAGUAG